AUGGCGCCGUCCUCUUUGGAACAGAAGCUGUCCGGCUUGGAGGCCAAGCGGAACCGGGAGAGCAGGGAGGCCCGCCGGCGCAUCGACCUCAACCUGGAGAUCAGUCCGGCCCGGGCUCGGCCUAUUAUUGUGAUCACUCUAAGCCCUGCUCCCGCUCCAUCCCAACGUGCAGCAUUGCAGCUUCCCUUAGCCAAUGAUGGCAGCAGCCGUCCUUCCUCUUUGGAAAACUCACCCCAACAUCACACACAUCCAUCACGCCCCCGAAAUAUUCUGGGCCUUCCUCCUCAGCCACCAUUCCUCAUGCAUAGGAGCAUGGAGAGCAUAGAAAUUGAUCAAAAACUGCAGGAGAUCAUGAAGCAAACCGGCUACUUGACCAUUGGAGGCCAGAGAUAUCAAGCUGAAAUCCAUGACCUAGAAAACCUGGGUGAGAUUGGUAGUGGGACGUGUGGACAGGUUUGGAAAAUGCGCUUCAAGAAAACAGGACACAUCAUAGCUGUGAAGCAAAUGCGUCGUUCUGGUAACAAAGAAGAGAACAAGAGGAUCUUAAUGGAUCUGGAUGUGGUGCUGAAGAGUCAUGACUGUCCUUAUAUUGUUCAGUGCUUUGGGACUUUCAUCACAAAUACUGAUGUUUUUAUAGCCAUGGAACUAAUGGGCACAUGUGCAGAGAAGCUGAAGAAACGCAUUCAAGGACCUAUCCCUGAGAAGAUUUUGGGAAAGAUGACUGUGGCGAUUGUGAAAGCCCUCUAUUAUUUGAAAGAGAAGCAUGGUGUCAUUCAUAGAGAUGUGAAGCCUUCCAAUAUUUUGUUGGAUGAGAGGGGGCAAAUCAAGCUGUGUGACUUUGGGAUCAGCGGAAGGCUGGUAGACUCAAAAGCCAAAACCCGGAGUGCUGGUUGUGCAGCAUAUAUGGCGCCUGAAAGAAUAGAUCCUCCUGAUCCUUCAAAACCUGAUUAUGAUAUCCGUGCAGAUGUAUGGAGCCUGGGCAUUUCUCUGGUUGAGUUAGCUACAGGUCAGUUUCCCUACAAGAACUGCAAAACAGAUUUUGAGGUCCUCACCAAGGUUUUGCAGGAAGAUCCUCCUCUUCUCCCAAAUAACAUGGGAUUUUCUGUGGAUUUCCAGUCCUUUGUAAAAGACUGCCUUACUAAAGAUCACAGGAAGAGACCAAAGUACAACAAGCUACUUGAACACAACUUCAUCAAGCGUUACGAGACACUGGAAGUGGAUGUAGCAUCCUGGUUCAAGGAUGUCAUGGCUAAGACAGAGUCACCCCGCACGAGCAGCAUCCUCAGCCAGCAUCACCUGCCAUUCUUCACCAGGUAGCCAUGUAGUGUGGCUGCUGUACCAGGGAAGGGGCCCUUGGCUGCCAGAUCUUAAAAGAGAGAGCACCACAACAAGCACCAGCCUUCACUAGAACAACUCUUCAGUGGCAUGAAUUAUUUGCUUCACCUGCUCAGUCACCCUUGCCCAUUUUGUCUUCUUCAGUAUUGCCAGGAAGAGAUGGGUCAUAGGUCUGGUCUUUCUGGAAUGUGGAUGUGUUCCAGGGCCUUUGGCAUUCCAGGCAUCACACCAGACAGCCCAAAUGUACAAUGCUUUGGAUGAGAAAGUACUUCUUCAGCCUAUGCUUGUAUGUUUCUGGGACUGAACAUCUGCCCUCAGGGGUUGCCACCCAGUGAGAGCGUGCUCCCUGCUUGUCUCUCUCUACUGUGACCAGAGGCUCGAGGAUAUGCAACAGUGACGCUUGCUCACGCACUGUGAACAGACACAAAACACACAAAAGGAAAAAAGAAAAGAUAUUUUUUUUACAAGUUAUUUAUUAAGUUUGGACUUCUGGUGCUGUGGGCUACCUGCUGCCCCUGUUCACCAGUCUCUGCGUUAUUACAUGUCCUUUAUUUGUUUGAUUUUUUUUUCUCUGUGUUUUUGGAUUUGUAUUUGCUAAAGAGGAAUGGGGGCUGGGAUAGAAUUGGCUGCUGCUUUUGAUGCUGAGCUUAGCAGUUGCAGUUGUCUGGUUUUGUUUGUUCGUAGGGCUUGGGGAUGGGGGCUGCCCUGGAAAGGAAAUGUGUGCUAGAUUCUUGCCCAAGAGUUGCUCAGUUAAAGUAAAUUUUUCCCCCUCUUUGGUUCUUUUUGAUCUCAGGGUUCCUCUUUUGAGUGUGAACAAAGUUUUGUCAUUGGUGUUUUAUUACCAAAGUGCGUGUUUGGUGCUAGGAUAAAUGCUUGUUCAUUUUCUUCCAGUAUUUAAGAAAAGGAAAAGCAGAACUUAAAGAUAAUCCUGGCAUCAAGAAAGCCAUUAAAAAAGAGAGUCAGCCCAAAUUAUCUCUAACAUUAGAGAUUCUUUAAAAAACAAAACAAAACUUGAUAGUCACAAAUUUAUGACCUCUGAUCUGUUGUGGACUUACUGGCUUAGAGUCUUAACUGGUAGCAACUAUGUAUUUCCAGUUGAGGAGCAAUCAGUUUGCUCUGUGAGACCACUGGCUUGGAAAAGCAGCAUCUGAUGGAUGCUCAACUUGCAAGUAUAGAUGUGUGGUCCUGAACAAUCCAGAAGGUUCAGUAAACAAAGAAAGUACCAUUCUCCUUCAUUUCAGAAUCAAGCUUCUUUUUGCUAACACUUUCCACAGGAUAAAAGAAAGAAGAGACAGGAUCCAAUCACUUAAAAUUCAAAGGCACCUUUUAAACUGGCCAAUAUUUUUAAGUUGAUGGAGGCAUGCCAGAGGAAUCAAGAUGUCUGGAUCACUAAUGUUGUAUUAUAAUUUGCAGGCAGUCAGAGCCAUCUGAAACUUUGGAAAUGAGUUGGCCAGAGACUUUUGGGAGUGUUCGGAAGUUGUUUUCAGGCAGUUCCCAACUGUAGUUUUUCCAAGAUUCUCAAGCUAAUGUACAACUUUAACCUCUAAAUGUCCUGAAGAUGAGAUUUGUUCCUGCUUUCUCCUACUAGCAAAAGCUUGGAAAUCAUGGCAGAGGCCAGAAAAGGCCCCACACAGUUGUAUCCUCAUAAGGAGGCUGUAGUCAUGGAGGGCUGAAAAGGAGGUGCAUUUGUAAUCAUUGAUAUUCCAGGUAUAUCAGCCUGGUAUCACCCUGAGAUAAUAUGUUUCACAUGAGUAUAUCCUGACCAUUUUGUAAAAGAAGGCAUUGCGUUUACAGGACUGAAGGGGUCAGUGGCAGAACCAGUGGAGGAGGAAGAAGCUUUAGCAGAGCCAUAUGCUCAAACCUGGCAUAUGGAGGGCUUGGUUAUCAGAGAGAAGUUGCUAUGAAGUCAGAUAGGCCUUGCUAAGGUUUUCUCACAGAAGGUGAAUGUGCAAACCUUACUGGAAAGUACACAGAUAAUAUGCAUGUUCUAUGAGUAUAGUGCUUUUCAAAACAAAUCCUAACAAAAAUUGCAAGGUGCCAAAGAAUUUGUUGAGGAAGGAGAACUCUUUUUACAGGAUGUAGAUCACCUGUUCAGGUGAUUGGGUUAUGGUUACUGUAUCAUACAGACACACUAUUACUCUACCAGCAUUAAUUAUGACUGUUAAGAAGGUAGCAUUAUUCAGAAUCUGAAAAAAAGGCAAUUUAUGUUAUACACAAACUUUACAAGGCAUGGGAAUUUGUGUAAGGAAGAAAACUGUUUUGAGUGUGUUAUAUGAAAAGAGAUCCAUUAUAUGAAAGAAAAUAGGAAGUGAAGGAAGGAAGGGAGAAGUGAAGAGCUAGCAAAAAUAAAGUGCAGCGAGCAGAAAGAGAAUUUAUGGCUUAAGAAACAAUUUGGAAAUGAGAUGGUUAUUAGAAGCUUUUACAGAAAUUCAGUAGGAUGAAGCUGGAAAAAGGGUGUGUGAAAAGAAAUGAAGGAUAGGGUAUUAGGGAGACAUUUAAAAGAUGCUUAGCUUUCAAGGUGAAUUCCUUUAAUAAGUCUAUUUAGAUUAAUUUCACUGGUGAAUUUUGAUUUUACUCAUUAAGGUGACUUCCUAAAAGCCUCUCUCAAUUUGAAAAAAUUCUCUGAAACCUAUUUUGGCUCCAUCUGGAAAUAUAUUCUAUGUCCAGAUUAGACCAUAAUACCUUUGGCAAAAUGUAUCUUGCUAAAUCAGAAGAGAGCCAGGAAAAAAAAAUAGCUCCUGAUUAGUAUAGUGCUUUUCAGUAGAAAAGUAGUAGAAACAGUAUUUAAAAAAUCCUCUGUUUUGAACAUAAUGGGGCUAGAAAUCUAAGCUAAAUGAGAUUGGCCUACCAGUGAAAUGAGGAGGGACAUUUAGGCCCAGCACUUAUUCUCAACUUUAUAACAUUUGGCUUUGACUUUCAAGAUCUGUUGGUCACAGUUCAUUGUGGUUUUCUGUGUUUAGAUAAUCAAUCCAGUGGUCUGCAUGGCUAUGUUCUAUAUGACCCUAAACCAAAAGAUGCCCAUUUCCUUUGAGACCCACUUAAUGUGGGGAAACAUAAAUAAGCUUCACCUGGGGUCAUGCAGGUCUCCAGCUCCAAAUUCAUUAUAGAAUAGUCUGUGAAAAUACAAAGAUACUAUGAAUGUGAAUAUUUGCCAGGAUAUUGAGAAAGGACAUUUUAUUGUAUUUUUAAUUGUGAAUUGCCAAAGUUACAAGAGAGGCUGGCAUAUAACUUAAUAAAUAAAUAAAGGUUAGAGAAGAAUAAAGUAUGUUUUCUAGAGUCAUUUUGAAAAGUGAUGAGAAAAGUUUGUAUUUUUUAUGGCAAAAUUGAGAAUUAGACAAAGCCUGAAACACUUAGAGCAAGAAUGAAACAGGUGCAGAACACAGAACAGCUCCUGGACAACUGUUUCUACCAGGGACAGGAUAUAAUGGCUAAAAGAUGUAGUGUAAAAAUUGUGAUAGAGCUAAAGUCUGGGUGACUGAUUAAUGAAACUGCAUUAAGACAGUUGCAGUAGAAUUCCCAUUAUAUAUGUGUUAAAUCAAAGUAGUAUUAUCUUAGUGACAGGCUUUCAUUCUUCUGUUAGCAUUUUGUUUGUUCAGUAAUUCUGCAUAUUUUGCUAACUACUUAGAGGAAUUCAUCUUGGAAAGUCAGUUGCUGAUCAGCAAGCUACUGAGGCCUGGGCAUAUAAUACUCUGGAUUAAGAAUGUUGGAGAUGGUUUGGAGCACAGAGAUAUUUAGGAGUGAAAAGUGGGUUUCCAAAUCUAGGAUGAAGAACAGCAUGUACAAGUUGACAGUGGCACUGGCUGUAUAGAGAAAAGAGUGAUGUGCCGAACUGUCCGCUGGAGUAAAGGGAUGUAGAGAAGGUAAGCAGAAAGGCUAUAGAUGGUUAACAGAAGAAUUGCCAUGUAAGCAGUUGAAUAGCCUUGUCCUAACAGCUUGAUGUACCCUUAUUCUGGCUUUGUUGCUUGUUAUUCCACCUUGCUAGACUAUUAAAUACUUCAGCAAAGUAACCAUAGUAGUUGGUAGACAAUGAGUGAUGCAUAAUAUGGCAGCUGGCAUUUUCACCCCUCCAGGGGAUCUUUACCCUGAAGUGAAUCUGCAUUCUGACUGGAUAGAAAACUUUUUUAGUUUUUAAAGCUCCAAAUCUCUUAACUGCUUUAAUAGCAGUUCCCAACGUGAAUUGGUAAAAACUGAACCAGUCCCCUGGAAGUCUUAAUCAAACAAUGAAUUAGGGGGCAAAGAUGUUAAAUAACUGGAUCUUCUUCUUUAUCAAAAGCAGAGUCCCACUAAUCAUAAGACUGAGUUUGUAAACUUGAGAUAAUUUUUUUAUAAAGAUGGGUUUUGUGUUUGUUUCUGGUGUUUUAAGAAUUUGCUAGUAAUUUAUUUGCUGCUGCUUGGGACAGAUGGGGGCCUAUUGACUCCUAUGAAUAAGUGCCUUCUAUUCCCUCCCUGCCAAAAAUAAUAUCAGUUGCAUUUUUAAGGUAACAGUAUUUAAGUUACUGUUGACUAUUUCUUGUAUCACAUCUUGUGAACUUGGAAUUGUUAAAAAAGUGGCCCAUUCUUGAAAAAUGCUUAAAACAAUCAAUAGUCAUAAGAGCAUUGAUUGUGCUCGACUUACCUUUCCUACUGAGAGCUUGUAGUAUCUCUCCUUUGGCUCUUAUAUCCACAUGACAGUUCUGAAAGCCUUUUAGCCUUCCAGAUGUUUUUGGGCUAUAUCUGUUUUCAUCUCCUUGACCAGAGGGGGUUAAUAGAAGUUGCAGUUCAGAGGGUCACAGAUUUUAACCCACAAGUCUUCAAGUCCUAGAAGAGCUGCUUCUAGAAAGUUAUAAAAUUAAUUAGCCAAAAUUAUUGGAAAUGUAUCUAGUGAGAUUCUGUUUUAUUAUAUGAACAGCAGAGCGGGGAAGAGCAGUAACAGGGAAGAAGAAGCAGUACAGUACUACAGAAGAGCAGUAACAGGGAAAGAAUAGGGUACCAUCAAUCUCAUGAUUUUUUCAUCCUUCCUUUCCAUGGCAAACAUUUUAGUCAUUGUAGAGGCUUCAAGGAAUUAGAUUGCCUUUUACUCAAGUAUUUCAGUGUAAUCAACAUGGGACUGAAGUAUUUGUAAGUGGUUAAUAGAUGAAAGAUAGUGGUGUUUUGUAAAAUUCUAGAACGGAAUAAUUCUUCUGUUACAAAAUGCAGCAAGUGUCAAUUAGGACCAAAUUUCUAGACAGGAAAUAGUUUUCUUAAACUAAAACUAUAUCCUUUUUCAGAUGUAAGAAAAGUAUAGGGAAUUAUGGAAAAAAAUUAAUUGAUUCAGUUUCUAAAGGCGUAUGAGUAUCAAGAAUUCAGGAUUUUUGUUGUUUUAAGUAAAGGAGUUUACUAGAAAUGUUUGUACAAGAGAGGUGCUAUUUUUGUCCCUUGCAAGAAAUUAGUAUGGAUUCGUUGUGCUGUUUCCUUUUGGAUAUGAAUCUUCAGGACAUCACAGACUAUCCUAAAAAUGUUGGCCUCUGGAAAAGCAUGUUUCUUCCUCCUUUUGGUUUAAAGAGAAAGCAAGAAUAGUCUCUUACAAGGAGCUUGCCUACCUUUCAAAUGUGGAAGAAUGCCUUCUUCCAUUUCAAACCAGUUAAAAUAUAGAUUCCUUGGUGGGGAGGAUAUGGGGCGCUAGUAGGUAUAGGAAGUGUUAAAGGCUUUUUUCAAUUGUUCAAAAAUAUGGGAUGUCUUUUAAAGAAGAAGAAAAAAGAAAAAUGCAGUUUUAUUGCAUUUUUAGAAUUAUUUUUUUAAUGUAUUGAUUUAGAACAAAUCUUUGUUAAUGUUAUUUUUAAUCUGGGUGGCUCAAUGUUUACAAUCGCCUGCCUGACAUCUGCUCUUAAAGUGUGUGGGGAUAUUGGGGUUGGGGAGGGGCACCUGUGUGCAGCGUGUGAUGCAUGCAAUUCAAAUGGGGAUUUUAAAACAAAACUGUAAAAAAAUCAUGCCAAAGUUAAGGCAGAGAUUAGCUGGAUAGAUGGUUAUAUUCUAGGCAUUAGCAGUUCACUAUAUUCUCUAUAUAUCAUAUAUUAUAAAUUUGCAUGUUAAAAUAAAUAGAAGUAACCUAUCCUAUACAGAAAGCAACUUUUAACUUGGAUUCCUUGUAAAUUUGGUCACUUGUCUUGAUUCAGGAUUGUCUGAACACCUUCUGUUUUAGGACCUGCUUGAUUUUGUUCUUUUGUUUUUGUUUUUGGUAGCCACUAAAUCUUUGUUUUUCCACCUUUUCAUAAAAAGGGCAUGAUUUAUCCAAAGUUUCAUAGAGGGGGUUGAGAGCAGAACAACUUGAGUUGCAGCCAGCACAGACUUAGUGGUCAGUGGACAUUUCCCCAGAUAGUAUGUCUGUCUUCUUUGCUGGCCUGUUCUACUGGAAUCUACAUGAUGGAAGUAUUGGAGGACUUUGUACCUCUGAAGGCACCUGGUCAAUGUUAUAUUUUUAGGAAGGUCAAAAGAUUUCAGUUUGGCUUUGUUUGUUCAACCGUUUGCUCUGUUGUUACUUCCAAUAAUCAAGGCUACAUUUGUGCACAUUUAUUUAUUGCCCACAGGGAACUGUGUGUUGUUUUAAUUUAUUUUUAAAAAACUUCCCUUUCUUUCACUUCUUACAGAAAAUGUAUUUUUUGUUGAUAGCAUUUACUGAAUAGACUGUCAGAGUGGAAAGAUGGGACAUAGCAAGCAAAUACACUGCAGUCUUUAGAAUUUUAUUCCAAUAAAUCCCAGCACUGAUACUUUUCCAAGAGACACGUAGUAUGUAAGCUGUAGCUGGGCGUGAGAGGUUCUGGAACCAUGUAACUCUGAAACCCGCAGGGUUCAGUGUCCCAUCUUCAUGCUGUUCAAGGGACCCAAAAGAAAGCAGAUCAUCAAUAAAGGGAUGGGAAAGUAGAAUUUUUUUUUUAAAGUUUGGCUGACAGAUGGAUGAAAUUAUUUGUAGGCAGUAUUGGAGGAGACGUGAGACUGGGAAUCAGGAUGCUCAUAAUUAUGUAGAAUUACCAAACUAUAUUGAAUCAUGAGAUUUGCUUUAUAUCUGUAAUUUAAGCUAAUGUUGAAUAUAUUUGCCUACUGGUUUCAGACUUCUAGAAUAGAACAAAUACAGCAUAUUGUUACCAACAAAGCUUUUAAGAAAAAAUAUAUUCCUAAUAUAGAUGACCUGUUUAGAUUAUCUCCCAAAAACCUAGUUCACAAAAGUUGCACUCAAAAACAGAAGUCUAUAUAGCUUUUUGGAAGAGAUGAAGACAUAUAAUAAUUGUAGGCUAAUGGGUAAGAUGAGAAGGAAAGGCAACAGAUGUUGUCUGGUACUUUCUGAAGUAGGCAGAAAGGAUUCUUCCUCUGCUUGCCUCUGUCAUAACUAAUAAAUGUUAUCCCAAAUCUGAGGAACAAGAAUUAAAAGGUUAUUGGGUAAGCAUUCUUUUAGAAUGUUGUACAAACUAAAUUGAUUUGGGGCAGAGAUGCAGAGGGUUUCCCUGUGUCUGUAUUUCAAGAGUGAUGGUUUCCAUUAUUGUUUCUGAUAAUACGUACUUAGUUGUAGAUUCUGUGUUAUUCAAAGCAGUUUGGAGAAACUGUAUUUCCUCUCAAAACUUUAAAAUCACUUUGAAGAAGCCCUUUUCCCACUGAUCCUUCUUGAGAGGAGCUUUUUAAAAAAGCACCACAAUAUACAUAUUUUCAUUCAGGUUUUUUCUUUUUUAAUAGUUUGACUCUAGUUCCAUACUGGUGUUAAACCACCAUUUUUUUUACAAAAAGUGAAAUAACAGUACUUAUACAAAAGUACUAGGAGUUAUUAAUUUGGGCAGUGGUAAAGGCUGAAGACCCCAGUUUCAAAAAUUCAAUCAUCCUCUUUCUAUAUCACAUGAAUCUAUGACUUAUCCCAACCGAGCCACUUGAGUAUGCCAACACUCCUAUCUAAUGUUUCAUGGAAUCUGGCAUAUAUGCCUUCCUGACCUUGCUGGAUAAAGUUCUCAUUAGCAUCAUAUGUUUCUGGGGCAUUAUUGCAAGCAUGAAAAGAAUUCAAAUGCCAACUGUACAAUUUGAUGUUUUUAUAAUAGGGUGGGGUUGGCAGCAACAUCUCUACAUGGUACCCAUUGAUUUUGAAUUUUUGUUUCAAUUACAAAUGAUCAAAGUCUCAUGAGAUAGCCAAAUUAUGUAAGAUCUGUGUACUUGCAUAAGAACUCAUGAGUUUGGGCCAUUCAAAAAAAUUUCUACCUGUGGUAUUGUACAAAAAUCCUACGUUGGUGCUUGCCCUGAAAAGGUUACUGGCUGCAGUAAUCAGAUGUAGAGCAUUUCCAUAUGGCAAUAACAGCAUGUAGUCUUCUUGGAGUGAACGUUAGAGUUCAUCUGCAAAAACAGGAAGUCCUGAGUUAUGGUUUGCUCUUCUCAGGCUCAGCUAACAUAUAUAUGGCCUUGGGCCCUCUGAACAGUUUCUCUGUGGUUGGUUGAGCUUAUGGGUUUUCCUACAGGCCGAAAAAUCAGAAAAUAAGUUUUCCAUUUAAAUAUCAGGUGUGUCUUGGAUUUUAAAAGAUUGUUGAGGAGGAACUUCAGAUGUCUUCAGCAGUCUGGUAUGAAACACCUCUUUCUGUCCCUCUGUUAUAAGCGAACCAUCCUGUAGGUUCAAUAAAGCUACAUAUGGCAGUUCUGGAUCACCUAUUUUAGCUUCUUUGUUUGCUAAUCAUCUCUCAGGUUGGGCUCACUGUCCUGAACCCCAUUUUCCAUUACUUGGCAUGUGCAAAGUCUUAGAACAAGGGUUUUCUUCUAGUCAUCAUCCUUGUUCUGUACCCGUAGUCCAAAUAGUUUGCCAGAAGUAUUGCCUGCCUCCAGGUAGUGAGGUCAGUCUGGUCCAUUUGAGUGGAACUUUGGUAUUUAAAAAUACAUCAACAAUAGUGUAAAGUAAAGGACAUUCUUCAUUACUUUUGAAAAGCUUUUUUUACUGUUUGUACAAACCCUCAUAGAAGCUUAAAAACAAAAUAAAACGUUCUUUCCCUAAA